AUAGCCAGCUGGGUUACUUCACUUUAUUAACAUUGUAGCUACUAGCUCCUGGAUCGAUCUCUCUUGCAUAUAUAGCAACAGUGAGAAGAGUAACGAGAGCAAUAUGGACGCGGCUACAGUUGCAGGAUAUUUCAAGGACAAGAGCAUUUUGAUCACUGGCUCAACUGGAUUUCUUGGAAAAAUAUUCGUGGAGAAGAUACUGAGAAUUCAGCCUGAUGUGAAGAAGAUUUUUCUCCUGGUGAGGGCCGCCGAUACAUCAUCCGCGGAGCAGCGUGUGCUGAAUGAGGUUAUAGGGAACGAACUCUUUGGGCCCUUGCGAGAAAACUAUGGAUCUAAUUUCUAUAGCUUCAUGAAGGAAAAGAUAUCACCUUUAGCCGGAGAUAUCAUUAAUGAGAAUUUAGGCCUUGAGAGCUUGGAAAUAUUAAAAUUGUCAAAGGAGAUUGAUAUCAUUGUUAAUGGAGCUGCAACAACAAAUUUUUAUGAAAGAUAUGAUGUUUCCUUGGCAUCCAAUGUCUUAGGAGCAAAAUAUGUUUGCAAAUUUGCAAAGAAGUGUGCAAAUCUGAAAAUGUUCCUCCAUAUUUCCACUGCAUUUGUAUCUGGAGAGCAAGAAGGACUUUUAUUGGAGAAGGUAUUUCAGAUUGGGGAAACACUGAAGGAAGGAUGCCAUUUAGACAUUGCAGCUGAAUUACAAUUGGUUGAGUCUGUCAAGGCAGAACUUACGCACUCCACCAAUGGUAAAUCGGAGCAAACAGAAAAGAUAACCAUGAAGAAACUUGGAUUGAAGAGAGCUAGACAAUUUGGGUGGCCCAACACGUAUGUGUUCACAAAGGCAAUGGGUGAGAUGCUAGUUGGACACUUUGGGCGUGAACUUCCGGUUGUGAUUAUUCGCCCAAGUAUUGUAUCCAGCAUUUACCAUGAUCCGCUCCCUGGGUGGAUAGAAGGAACUAGGACAAUUGACAGUAUAAUUUCUGCUUACGCCAAGCAAACUAUUCCACAUUUCAUCGGUGCUGGUCAUGUCAUCCUUGAUGUGAUUCCCGGUGAUAUGGUGGUGAAUGCGAUGUUGGUAGCCAUGGCCGUUCACUGGAGUGAGAGAGGCCAAGUUAUCAUCCAUGUGACAUCAUCCCAGCAGAACCCGUUGUCAACCUCUACCAUGCUGGACUUGAUGUAUCGCUAUUUUACUGCUAAUCCACAGACAAUGGGAAAGAACGGAAAAGUCGUCAAAACCAAAAGGCUCAACAUUACCAAUAAAACAGGUUUCCGAGCAUACAUGUUUCUUAAAUACAAGCUACCUUUAGAGGUUCUGCAUUUGGUGAAUCCACUAUUGGGUGGAUAUUUUUCUCAGUAUUACAAUAAAUCCAUAAGAAGCUACAGAUAUUUCGUUCUUCUGGCCAAGUUAUACAUGCCAUAUGCUUUCUUCAACGCCUGCUUCAAUGGCACAAACUUGGCAAGACUGCAGACGGCGACAACUCAAGACCAGAGCAAAGAAGCCUGUGUGCUUAAUUUUGAUCCCAAGUCCAUUGACUGGGAGUACUAUCUGUACAACAGCCACAUACCUGGCGUUAUGAAGUAUGCCCACAAAAAGUAGUGUAAGCCCAACAAAACAAAAUCGGUCGAUCAAGCUGAUCUACCAGACGCAGAAAAUAUCACCAAUCGAGCUAUGUCUGUGUGUGCGCGCGAGUGAGUGUGUGUGAAUAAGAUCAUUAUGUUGUCGCUUUUGAGAAGCAGAGAUUAUAUAUAAUAAGCUGCCCAGCAGUGUAGAAGGAACAAUUAAACAUCACAUGAUUAAAAAUGCCAUCCAUUUCUUUGUAACUCGUGGGUUGGUGUGUUACGAAACAUGACACAUGCUGUAUGUGUUAAUUUCUAUAUGGGAAUAUUUUAUAACGAUACCAACACCGAUACUGAAAACAUUUUUUGGGCGACCUUU